UUUAUCUGACGGAAAAACGUUUUUGUUUAGACGCUCACGUGUUUGUUUUGGGGUAUGCUAUUUUCUCACAUUUCUUUUCCGAUAAGAUGGGAAAGAAACGGUCAAGUGAAGAUGCUGAUCAGUCCAGCAUGCAGCCGAAGAAAGGAAAAGUAUCGGUUUCAACUGAGUUUAAUGGAACCGUAUUUAAAGCCAUGUUGAAAGAGCCCUCCAAAGCAAUGAAGGGAUUGGAGACUUUCAUAUCAAUUUCAAAGAAACUACCAUGCCCUGACCUUUAUGAUGUCGUUGAGGGUUACAUCAAGAUCUCCGUGGAGUGUUCAGAGAUUUUCAAAUUGCUGGAGGGAGAUAAGAAGAUUGACAAUGAAAUGAUGUUGAUCUUCCAGACUUUGGAGAUGAUUCUGCUGCGUACUGCCAGUGAUCUAUCUCAUUUCAGUAUGGUGGGCUCCACCAUAGUCAAAAAGAUUGUCUCCUGCUACAUGAAACUCAUUCAAACAUCCCUGAGUGCAGAAAAUCACAGAUAUGUCCGUCAGUGCCUGACCUUGCUCUCAGCCAUGGUCUCCCAGGGAGCAGACACAGCCAGAGAGGUCUUCAGUCACUUCCACUUCUCUAAAGGCCUGUCUUCCCUGGCCAGGAGGAGGGACAAGAUGGGUAGACCUGACGUCCGCAUGGCCUACAUCCAGUUUGCCCUCUCCUUCCUGGUUUCUGGUGACAAUGCCAUGAUUGGACAGCUCCUGGAGAUAAAAGAUUUCCUGCCAGACAUCCUAAGCAGUGGACUGAAAGAGGAUCGUAUCUCCAUUGUCAACCUGAUCCUGUCUACUCUGCAGACGAAGGUGGUGCGGAGUAAAGCCAUCAGUAAAACCCAGAAGGUGCGUUUCUUCACACAGUCUGUCCUGGGCCAGAUAGCAACUCUCUACCGAUGGAAUGGCAUAGUGGAUGCGAGUCCAGAUGACAACCAGAUGGCCGAGAAUGCAGAUGAAGCUGGGAAGAUGGUGGUCAGGGAGUUAGUUCAUAAAUUCCUUCUGGAUCUCUGCUGCUCCCGGAAACAUGGCCUCAGUUUCUACGACCCCAGCUUUGGAACAGCCGGACGGGCUGGUAACAUCGUCUUGCUGCAGUUUGUGGUGAGCCUGAAGCAGGCUGCAGAGGAUGAGCUGGUGUCCGACCUGCUGGUCAAUAUACUGAGGGUCAGUCCGGACAUCCUGCCCAGAUUCUUCAAGGAGACUCAGUUCUCCUUCACGCCACGACUUAAAUCCGCCUGGACCGACAACAUUGCGCUGCUCAAGAAGAUCUAUGAGUCCCAGCCGGAGUUGUCCAAGGCCUUUCAGGCCAGAGAGGUCGUUCCUCUGCCCCGACUCUUGUCAAUGGUGCUGGUGACGUCACUUCCUCCCGUCUGCAACAAGGUCUUCUUCACACAGGGACUCAAUUUCUCCAACAUGGUGGUGCAGCACACAACUCUUUCGCUGAUGUCGUUCCUCCUGAAGAGAGCCUGGAGGAACAUAGAGUUCUGUCUGGAUCCCUCUGUGUGGAUCAACUCGGACGUCUACACCCCAGCCGCCAUGGAGGAGUUCGUACAGCUGUACCGCGAGGCGUUUGCCAAGGUAUUACCGGACAUGACCAGCAUCGUGUCCAAAUGGCAGUCACUGACCAAGGACAGAGGGGAGGACAAAGGAAAGACAAUCAAGAAAGAUGGCGAUGUCAAAGAGGAAGUCGAAGAAACGCCCGCCCUGCUGGAGCAGGAGUCCCCGGAGGUUGUCUUCCUGAAAGCCCUCAUCCUGCAGGUCAUGCGUCUCUAUCAGAAGGUGGUGCCUCACCUGGUCAGCCAGAGCAAGUUUGACUUCAGCAAGCUACUCAAAGGUAUCGUUACAGAGAAAGGCGUGAGGCAGGAGGUUCCUCCGGUCCUCCAACAUCAGAUACUGCUUCUGGCCCUGGAGCUGCCUGCCAGCAGGUUCUCCUGGUUCAGAGCACAGGACCACGCGGAGAUGGAAGCGGCGUCCGGGGAGAGGUCCGUGUUCUACCUGCUCCUCAAGAUGUUUGUGAGCAGUAGCAACAGUCACCUGAAGUUGUCCACCCGAAAACUGGUGCUGAAGGCGCUGAGGGACACUGGCGUGUUUGAGUAUACCUGGUCCGAGCUGGAGUUGUGGCUGAGUCACCUGGCCCGGCUGGAACCGGUCCGACAGGACACGGUCGUACAGUUCCUGGAGAGGGUGUUGGUGCGCCUUGUGGGUAACCCCCACGCCUACACAGACAAAGUGGCCAGCCUGGUCCAGGAAGCAGCCUACCUGCAGGCCAACCUCAGUGGGCAGGAGGGAGACGCGGUCAGCAUCCCGGUCUCGCACAUAGACGAUGUGCUGGACAUGGUUGAUGUAAUCCUGGAGGGCAGCGAGGGGGAGAUGGAGGAACUGGGCCCGGAGCUGAGUGACGAUCUUGUCCUCCAGACCUUCCCAUUUAGUGCUCUGAUACCGGCUGUUCUGGAGGCCCGGAACAAGCUGCCUGCUGCCAGCCGAGCAGAACAAGGUGUGCUGUUUGAAUACAUCUCAGCAGUACUAUGUGACGUGCUGCACUGUCAAAGGGACCCCCUGCCCCUCAGUCUGGCCCUGUUACAGUACGAUAAGGAGCUGAGCUCCGGUGGACACCCAGGUUCUCCACAUCCCUCCGUCCUCCACCUCCACAGCUACUACUCAACAUGGUUGCCUCAACAGACCCGAGAACAGCUGUUCCAGUCCUGUGGGGUCGCUGCUGAUGUCCCUCCCCAUUUGGGCUCCUUGACUGGUUUACUGAAGGAGGCCUACAGCCGAGGCUCCUCUGGCCUGUUAGAAGACUCCUUCCGUCAGAGGGUGGAGGAGAGCCUGGCCGCCACGGAGCUCCACAAAUUCCCUGUUGCGACCAAGCAGGUCCUUCUCUACGUCAAAACGACAGUGGACAACUUAAGCACGCUGUCCAGAAAUGAAGGGCUGCCGGUGUUGAAUGUUCUGACGGCAGUCCUUCAGGGGUUGGUGGUGAGGCUCCAGGAGAGAGUGAAGCCAGAAGAACCAGAGCCUGUGGGCCCAACCGAGUCAGCAGGGCUCCGGGCUGCGGGGGCCAACCAGGCAUCACUGGCAGGACCCGAGGCCACAGAUAAGGGGGCCUCAAUAGAAGCAGAACCGACAGAGGCGGCGGAACCUAAAGAGGCGGACCCCUUGAAGGGAUCUGAUCUCUUCCUGGAGGUCGACCCUUUGUCAUCUGGGGCAGAGGACGACGAACACCUGGUGGUGUUGUCAGUCCUACGCUCCAUCCUGAAGCACCCAUGCAUUGAGCAGUGGUUCCUGUGUCUGGAGCUGUCCUCUGUCCCUCCCACGUCCCUCAACCCUGUCAGGCUGAAACGACUGUGUGCUCAGCUGUCUGACUGCGUCUGUGCCCUGCUAGUUGCCUCCGCUCCCACCCUCCGGGCUUUGGACUCCCUCCACCUCCUCAGGCCUUACCUGGAGGCUGUGGGCCGGGCCCUGCUCCGGGAGCUGGGGGAGAGGACGAAGGAGCGACAGGAGGAGUCACGGCCUAUACGCGCCCUCCUGGCCCUGCAGGCCUACAUGGAACCCUCUCUCCUCCAGGAGCUGGUCUCUUCCCUGCUCCUGCUUCCCAAGGAGACCCUCCUGAUCCAUGGGGAGGGUGACGGGGCAGGUGUGGGGCCCGGGACAACUGAGCUGAGUGUCUAUGGACGCACGGCCCUGCAGAUCCUCUCCGCGACCACUUCGGCCUCCUCAUCCAGCUCCCCGCUCCUCCUCCUCCUCUCUCAGGCCCACCUUCAAGGUCUAGCCACGCUGCUGCUCUCCUGCUCCAGCCCCUCUCUGGAGGCCUUCCUCCUGCAGGCCCUGAAGAGCCAGCCAGGCAACGCUAAACUCAUCCACACCGACGUGCUCCUCUACUGUCUCUGCGGAGGGACCUCGGCGGCCGCCCAGGCCCUGGCGGCAGCCCUGCUGACCAACUGCUCUACACACAGGCUCUACUUCGAGGCGUGGUGCCUGCAGCCAGAGCACACAGAGACGCUUGCAAGCCAGACGGACGCAUUCUUACCGCUGGUCAACAGCUACCUGCAGACCGCUGCCAGGCAGGACCCAGCCAGGCCCAAAGAGGUGCAGAUGGCGGUGCUGAAGGCCCUGAAGCAGGCCCUGUUACCCGGGCUGACGCUCUGUGUGCUGGGGCAAGACUCCAAGGUGACCCUGGGAGCUGUGGAGGCUCUGUCCAGCCUGCUCAGACUGGCUGCCAAGGUCAAGGAUGUCAGGGGGCUCGUCGAUUCCCUUCUGGCUGCCCUGCAGAAGCUGGACGGCUUUGAAAGUUGGCAGUUGGUGGAACCCAUCACGACAGUGUUAUCUGACUGUCAGGAGGAUCUAGUGGCGUGGAGAAGGUCUGUUAUCUCUGCUGCCCUCCGGUGGCUGAUCUCUUCCUUCAGCCAUAACCGAGAGCCGAGCGCUGCAACACUCUCCCAGGAGGACACCAUGCUGAAGAGGCUGACCUCACUACUGACACUACCGGAAGACGUCGCCGCAGCUGAAUGGAGCAGCUUCAUCAAGACCGGACUAAAGUGUCGCUACAGGGACCCCAACUUCCUGAGCACACUGAACGGCCAGUUGGACCUGAUGUAUGGUGGUAGCGGUGGACCUAAGGACCUGGUGCCUCUACCCACCAUCCACAUGAUGGCCUCCAGCCACUCCCUGUUCCUGGCCACGAUGCUGGGGAUCGAAGGGGACCUGUUGAAGAACGCACAAGCUAAAGAGGCCCUAGUCACCCUGUUGCUCAACCUGGUGCAGAGAUGUCCUGCUGUCUGUAACGGCAGCCAUUUUGUGGUCCUAAUGGGAGCCUAUGGAGCAACCCUGAGCGCUACAGAUCAGAAACUGUUACUGCUGCUGCAGGAGUAUGAACGAAACAACAUCAGUCUGGUUGACUUUCAGUGCCUGCUGUGGGGCCCGGCGGCCGUGGAGCACCACAAGACCCGGAGAAGCCUGGGCGUUUCCUUGUGGCAGCAGCCCAGCUCUGAGGACCUCCUGGCCCUGCUUCAGCCCGAAACCAUGGCCAACACUGUCAGACACUUCCCCCUGCAGCGCAGGAUCAUCAUUCAGGAGAGUAAAGAGCAGAUUUUUAAAGACUGUGAAGUGAAGGAUCUUGGGAGCGUGUACGAUCCGUGUUUCCUCCUGCCCCUCUUUAGUGCCAUGCUCCAGCCAGAAUCCGUGGUAGACUGCCUGAAGUUCGUGUCGAGCCAUGGCCUCGGUGUGACGGUGGUGUCACUGAGCAGUUACGACCCAAAGCUGAGGGCUGCAGCCUACCAGGUCCUGGCUUCAUACUAUCAUCACCUGGAGGCUGCCCGCUUCAGAGAAAGGAGACAGCUGUUGUAUCUGCUGGAUAUGGUCAAGAAUGGAAUCGGACUGCAGAACCUCCGAAUGCCCUUCAUUCUGACCACAUACAUUGCUAAGGUGGCUCAGCAGAUGCUCAGGCCUGAGGAGCACAUGUAUGUGGUGGUCAACCGGUUCCUGUUGUCCCAGCAGUGUCUGAACUUCAGACGGGUCCCUGAGUUCUUCAAGCUUUUCUUUAGCUGUGACAUGGAGCACAAGCUAGAGAGGGAGUGGAUUUUGUCCGUCCUGGAGGAGGGCCUGACAGACAGGCACUGCUAUGAGCUGCUGGAUCAACAGGGCAUCUUCCAGACACUGCUAGGCUUCUGCUGCAGCCCCCUCUGUGAUGACCACACUCAGACUCGGAUAGUGAGAGUCCUCCACAGGGCGGGUCAUGUGACCAAAGCGGCGUACCUCCUGACUCAGUACCAUGGGCUCCUCGUCUGGAUUCUACAGCUGCUGGAGAGAAGACAGGUGGACCGGCGGCAGCUGGGAACCAUGUUAGAGCUUCUCCACGGUUUGUGGUUCACCAACCUGGGCCAGAAGGAGAUCCAGGGAGAGGGAUCCUCUUGCUCCACGGCCGAGGACAAACCCAAGGAACACACCCCUCCUAAGGUUCUCCCUCUGCCGCUCAUCAACCAGUUCCUCUGUGUGGCCACCGCUAUCAUCAGACAUUUGAGGCUGGUGAAGGCGGGGCAGCUGAGCCUCUACCUCCAGACACUGAGCUCCAUCCUGCAUCAUCGGGACACGGCCCUAGGUGCCCACCGAGAGGCGGGCUGGCUGACCUUACGACCCCAGACGCUUUCCACGGUCGAAACGCUUGCACUACUCCAGCGCUGGAGCACACUGACCCAUGACGCACCUCUCCUCAGUAAACUUCAAGCCGUGGCAGAGAAACACAGGGUCAAGGAGCUACUGGGGUCGGGCAGAGAGAAGGGGAGAGCAGGGAGAGUCUCCUUUCACCAGUCCUCCCGGCUGGAAGAACAGGGAGAGGAAGGAGAGGGAGAGAGACGGGAGGAAGAGGCUCUUCUGGAGGUGUGUACACCUCACCUGAGGAGUAUUUUCACCCACUGGGAGCCUGUAUCCCCCACGUGUACCUCCUUGCCUCCCUCGGACCCCCAGACUCUCAUAUCUACACCCCUGGGCUACACCACAGCCCACCUGCUCACCAGGUGGUCCCUCAACUCCUUAGUAGAGGGCACCUCCAAUUACGAGGAAAAGGCAACUGUCAGCUUCCUGCGCUGGUUUCAGAAGACUGUCCUGCCUCACCGAGACAUAAUGGACAUGGUGCUGGCUGACCCGACAGUAAGACUGAACUUGCUCCGGCUGUACCAUGUGGCGUGUGAGUUUCAGCCCCAGGUCUCGUCCGGACUGGAACACCUCCAGUUGUUCACCAGCAUAAUGACUCAGCUCCUGGAGGUUCAAGGCUGCCCCAAGGAUACCCUCAACCAGGCCGUGCUGGGCGCAUGCUCCCUAGCAACAACGUUCGACGACCAUGCUACGAAAGAAGCGGGUGUGGUUCUGCUGUCUCUGUACAUUCAUGAGCUAUGGAGUGGCGCGGCAAGGCCAGAGCUGUUGCUAAGCCAUGCCAGGCUGGUUGCUGGAACCCUGGGGAACACGAGGAGGAAGUCCAAACGCUUCGAGGCAAGCACACCUCUCAGAGCCAUCUGUUCUAACAUCCUCCUAGGACUGCAGUCUCCUGUGGCAUCAUAAGAGAAAAGAGUUACAUUUACGUGUCUGUGUUUCGCCAAAACAUCAUCCUUGGUAUCAUCCUUGGCUUUUUACCGGAUGGAUGCAGAGUGAUGAGAAGGGUUCACGACUCCCAAUUGUAAUCAUAAUUCAUCAGCAUUCUGUACAAAUCUCAAGUAGGAAUACAGCAGUGGCCGCAUAUGAACAGUGUUCACAAGUAAAAUGCAUGCCUUAUUUCUUGAUCUGGAUUGUCUGAGAGUAUUGUUUUUGUAAAUCACAAUAUUAAUUUAAUCUUGGUUUAUCUGUUGAACACCAUUAUCUUUUUUUAAUUAAUAAAAACUGCUUUCUUGUCUUUUGGAA